AUGGAUGCGGCCCAGAAGUGGCACGAGCUGCCCACCCAGCCUAGUCUGAAGAAGCUGACGGAUCCCAGCUAUGGGAAGCCCGGGAGUAAGCAGCACCCUCCCCUGCAGGACCUGACCAGAGCCCACAUCGAGUCAUUCAAUGAGGCCAUGACAGAGGGGCUGUACCAGGCAGUUCAGGCCAUGAAGCCGCUAGAAUUUACUUAUAAAGGUGACCGUCUGUCAUUCGCCAUUGUGGACGCAGUCAUCAGUCAGCCCAUGGUCCCAAAAGGAAGUCUCUGCAGAGAGCCCAAAAUUUAUCCCGCAGAAUGCCGAGGGCGAAGGUGUACGUACCGUGGAAAGUUGACUGUGGAUGUUAGUUGGUCGGUCAACGGCAUUCAAAAAGGUGUCAUCAAGCAGUUCCUUGGCUACGUCCCCGUCAUGGUAAAAUCCAAACUCUGUAACUUGUAUGGCCUGUCCCCCCGGCAGCUCAUUGAGCAUCAUGAAGAGGAACAGGAAAUGGGCGGCUACUUCAUAAUAAAUGGAAUCGAAAAAGUCAUUAGGAUGCUCAUUAUGCCAAGAAGGAAUUUUCCUCUUGUUAUGAAUCGCCCCAAAUGGAAAAACCGAGGCCCAGGCUAUACCCAGUAUGGUAUCUCAAUGCGUUGUGUCCGAGACGAGCACACCGCUGUGAACAUGAAUCUACAUUACCUGGAAAAUGGUUCUGUAAUGGUUAAUUUCAUUUAUCACAAGCAGCUCUUCUUCAUCCCCCUAGGCUUUGCUUUGAAGGCAUUGGUUAGUUUUUCAGACUUUCAGAUUUUCAAUGAGCUGAUCAAGGGGAAAGAGGACAAUUCCUUCUAUAGAGACUGCAUCACCCAGAUGCUACGAGUCGUGAUGGAUGAGGAGUGUCGGACCCAAAAACAAGUUCUCAAAUAUCUAGGGGAGCGUUUCCGAGUCAAGUUUUGGCUCCCAGAGUGGUAUACAGAUGAGCAAGUGGGAGAGUUUCUUCUAGAACAGUGCAUUUGCAUACACCUUAAAACCAACCUGGAGAAAUUCUAUAUGCUCUGCUAUGUGACAAGGAAACUUUUUGCUUUUGCCAAAGAAGAGUGCAUGGAGGAGAAUCCUGACAGUCUAAUGAAUCAUGAGGUUCUGACUCCAGGACAGCUGUUCCUUAUGUUUUUAAAGGAAAAGAUGGAGGUCUGGCUGUUAGGGGCCAAACUUACCUUAGAGAAGAAAUCACAAAAGUCCGUCUUGUCCCUGAGCACCGAAAACAUGAUGAGAAUUUUCAGUAGCACCACAGAUAUCACAGCGCCAUGUGAAUACAUGCUAGCUACUGGAAACAUGCGGUCCAAAACUGGUCUUGGCAUCCUGCAGUCUACAGGUCUGUGUGUAGUUGCCGACAAGUUGAAUUUUGUCCGUUACCUUUCUCACUUCCGCUGUGUGCACAGAGGGGCUUCCUUUGCCAAGAUGAGGACCACUACUGUCCGUCGUCUUCUGCCAGAGUCCUGGGGUUUCCUGUGCCCAGUGCACACUCCCGACGGCGAACCCUGUGGUCUUAUGAAUCACAUGACUGUGAUGUGCGAGAUUGUGACACAGACUUCCAUCAAUUCUCGUCUGCUGGUUCUGCUUUGCACGCUAGGUAUCACUCCGGUGGAUGGAAUACCUGGAAAACCUUUUACAGAUUGCUACCAGGUCAUCUUGGAUGGUGCUUUGGUGGGCUGGGUGGAGAAAGAUUUGGCUCCAAAUCUGGUGAACACGCUUCGGAGCUUUAAGGUAACACAGGAAAGGAAGAUCCCACCCUGGACAGAGAUAGUCCUCAUUCCAAUUACUGGAAAAGCAAGUCUUUAUCCUGGGCUUUAUAUUUUUACUACCCCCUGCAGGAUGGUUCGUCCUGUUAGGAACUUGGCUACAGGGAAAGAAGAGCUGAUCGGUCCAUUUGAGCAGGUUUUCCUAAAUGUGGCAAUAUAUGAGGGUGACAUUGUGCCUGGAGUCACCACACACCAGGAGCUCUUUCCGCACAACUUGAUGAGUGUCGUGGCCAACUUCAUUCCUUUCUCUGAUCACAACCAGAGUCCCAGGAACAUGUACCAGUGCCAGAUGGGUAAACAGACUAUGGGAUUCCCUCUUCUAACCUUUCAAGAUCGCGCUGACAACAAACUGUAUCGCCUCCAAACCCCCCAGAGUCCUCUUGUGCGUCCCACCAUGUAUGAUUAUUUUGAUAUGGAUAACUAUCCAAUUGGAACAAAUGCUAUUGUGGCUGUCAUUUCAUACACCGGAUAUGAUAUGGAGGAUGCUAUGAUUUUGAAUAAAGCUUCGUGGGAGAGGGGAUUUGCUCAUGGAAGUGUUUACAAAACUGAUUUUGUAGACCUGUCGACUAAAGUUAAAAGCGGAGACGACAGUUUUGUGUUUGGAAUCAAAGUGGACGAUGAACGGGUAAAGGGAAAACUUGACUCUGAUGGUCUGCCCCCGGUGGGUGCUGUCCUGCAGUUUGGAGACCCCUACUAUUGCUAUCUGAAUGAGAACACUGGAGAGAACUUUGUUGUGUUUUACAAGGAUAAAGAGAGCUGCGUCAUUGACAACAUAAAAGCUUGCAGCAAUGAUCUGGGCAUUGGAAAAUUCAAGGCAGUGUGCAUCACUAUGAGGAUCCCACGUAACCCCACCAUAGGUGAUAAAUUUGCUAGUCGACAUGGACAGAAAGGCAUUCUCAGCAGGCUGUGGCCAUCAGAGGAUAUGCCAUUCACGGAAUCCGGGAUGGUUCCUGACAUCUUGUUUAACCCACAUGGUUUCCCAUCUAGAAUGACCAUUGGGAUGUUGAUUGAGAGCAUGGCUGGUAAAUCGGCAGCCCUGCAUGGUUUGUGCCAUGACGCCACUCCAUUCACAUUCUCUGAAGAAAACUCUGCUCUGGAAUAUUUUGGUGAAAUGCUGAAGGCGGCCGGGUAUAACUACUACGGCACAGAGAAAUUGUACAGUGGUAUUAGUGGGCUCGAGCUUGAGGCGGAUAUUUUUAUCGGUGUGGUCUACUACCAGCGUCUGCGUCACAUGGUUUCUGACAAGUUCCAAGUCAGGACAACGGGGGCGCGUGACAGAGUGACCAACCAGCCUGUGGGUGGCAGGAACAUACAAGGAGGUAUUCGUUUUGGAGAGAUGGAACGGGAUGCCCUUCUGGCACAUGGGACGUCUUUCCUUCUUCAUGACAGACUUUUUAACUGUUCUGAUAGAUCAGAGGCCCAUGUGUGUGUAACCUGCGGCAGCCUUCUAUCCCCUUUCCUGGAGAAGCCUCCACCUUCCUGGUCAGCAAUGCGGAACCGCAAACACUACUGCUCACUCUGCGGCUGUUCAGAUUCAGUUGACGUUAUCUCUGUGCCUUAUGUUUUCCGGUACUUUGUGGCGGAGUUGGCAGCCAUGAACAUCAAUGUUAAGCUGUCUGUGCGCUAAAGAACAGCCAGCACAAGGAAGAUUACUGUCAAGUGCCUUGUAGACGUCGAUAUCUAUGUUCUCGUCUUGGUGCAGUAACAGCCUGUGGAAAAUGUUUCCGUGAAAACCGCUAUUUCCAUAUCUUCCACUGACUGCAAUGAAGAGUAAAGCUGGUCGUACACAAUGUUGACUAAACCCCCCCCCUGAUUAUGACCUUAAACAGUUGACCAUCUAAUGUGUACAUAAGUUUCCCAACUUUUUUUCAAGCUGCAGAUCUCGCGGGAAAGUAGAGUCGGGAACAAUACGUUCAUUCUCAGGGUAGAGAAACCACAGUCAGAGGUGUCUGGUAGCGACGUUCUCCAUGUUCAGAACAUAUGUGUUUGGCUGAGCCGAGGGAUAGCUGUCAGCCAGAUGAGCCAGCUGUUACCUUAACUGUAUGACCAGCUUCCCUCUAGGAAAAGCUGCACCUCAAUUCUCCAAUCACUUUGAGAUGCCAGUCUCUAAGUUUGUACAAUAGUAAUUGACCCUGAUAUGC